GACUCAGUACCUACAGGUGUUAGUUGCCUAGCUACAUGUUGUUAUACAUUAUUAAAUAGCAUUCAGUGAUUGAUGAUACAAUAAAUCUGUAGAUACUGUGAGUGUCUAGGUUCCAGGAAAGUACACAACUAAAGGGAAAUGGACUUUAAAUUACAUUAAGGAUCGGAAAAGAGUAUACUACAGUUCUGCUGCAAUGGCCACUACCACCCAGGCCUUGCUCACCUUGCCACCUUAUGUUCCACCUCACUUUACCAGUGACAGUGACGAUGACAUAAGUUCACCUCAAUCAACGCCUCUUCAUAUAGGCAACAUGAACAAUAACAACAACAAUGAAGAAAAAAAGGAGAAGGAGAAGAAGGAGGAGGAAGAAAAAGAAAAAGAAAAGGAGAAAGAAAAAGAAAAAGAAAAGGAGAAAGAAAAAGAAAAAGAAAAGGAGAAAGAAAAAGAAAAAGAAAAGGAGAAAGAAAAAGAGAAAGACAAGAAAAUAUUUGUCAUUAAUCCUGCUGGAAAUUUGUAUUACAACUGGCUGUUUAUCAUUACGCUACCAGUGAUGUAUAAUUGGACCAUGAUCAUAGCCAGGGCUUGCUUUGAGGAGUUGCAGCAUGACUACAUAAUUUACUGGGUUAUUCUGGACUACACCUCAGACCUUAUCUACCUGGCUGAUAUGUGCUUCAGGGCCAGAACAGGUUACCUUGAACAAGGACUACUAGUGAAAGAUAAGAAGCUGCUUUUGGAUCGAUACAUCAGCAGCUUUCAGUUUCGUCUCGAUGUUCUCUCCAUGCUGCCCACUGACAUCUUCUACUUCGUCCUUGGCAUCGACUACCCAGAGAUCCGCAUAAACAAGCUUCUGAGGAUUGGGCGCAUGAUGGAGUUCUUUACCAAAACAGAGACUAAAACCAACUACCCCAACAUCUUCCGUAUUGCAAACCUUAUCAUGUACAUCCUUAUUAUCAUCCACUGGAAUGCCUGCUGGUAUUUCUCUUUUUCCAAAUCUAUUGGAUUUGGUGCUGAUGACUGGGUUUACCCUGCUCUGGAUGAUCCUGAGGAGCCUGAGUUUGGACAGCCCAUGAGGAAGUAUGCUUUCAGCCUGUACUGGUCCACACUGACUCUGACAACUAUCGGAGAAACCCCACCACCAGCUUUGGACUCAGAAUUUCUCUUCCAUGUUGUGGAUUUUUUAGUUGGAGUCCUAAUCUUUGCCACCAUUGUGGGAAACAUUGCCACCAUGAUCUCCAACAUGAAUGCAGCCCAAGCCCAGUUCCAGGCCCGCAUUGACAACAUUAAGCAGUACAUGCAGGUUCGAAAGGUUAGUAAGGACCUAGAGUUGCGAGUCAUCAAGUGGUUUGACUAUCUGUGGAAUAAUGGCAAGGCACAGGAUGAAAGAGAAGUGCUGAGGUAUCUCCCAGACAAGCUAAAAGCAGAAAUAGCCAUCCAAGUCCACAUGGAGACACUAAAGAAAGUUCGGAUUUUUGCAGACUGUGAGGCAGGCCUGCUGAUUGAGCUGGUGCUCAAACUCCGGCCACAGGUGUUCAGCCCUGGAGAUUAUAUCUGUAAGAAAGGCGACAUUGGUCGUGAGAUGUAUAUUAUCAAAGAUGGAAAAUUGGCAGUCGUUGCCGAUGAUGGUGUGACACAAUUUGUUGUACUCGGAAGCGGCAGCUAUUUUGGUGAGAUUAGUAUUCUUAAUAUUAAAGGUAGCAAAGCGGGUAACAGGCGGACCGCCAACAUUCGCAGCAUUGGAUACUCAGAGCUCUUCUGCCUUUCCAAGGAUGACCUGAUGGAAUCACUGUCAGAGUAUCCAGAUGCCAAAGGCAUGCUUGAGGAUAAGGGUCGGCAGAUCCUGAUGAAAGAUGGUCUUAUAGACUUGGAUCCAGCUAACAUCAAACCUGAGCAAAAAGAGCUGGAGGAGAAGGUAAACAAAUUGUAUGGUACCAUGGACCUGAUGCAAGUCAAGCUGAAGAAGAUCUUACGAAAUUACGAAAAUGCAGACAAAACUUUAAAACAUCGUAUUAAAGAUCUUGAGCGCUUAACUGGAGAGGAGGUAGAAGAAGAUGAGGAAGAAGGAGAAGAUAAAAAGGAAGAGAAAGAGGGGGGUGGGGAGAAAAGGGAAGAGGAAAAGGUAGAAGAAGAGAAAAAGGAAGAAGGGGAAAAAGUAGAAGAAGGGGAAAAGAUUGAGAUGACAAAAGAAGAUGAAGAAAAGCAGGAAGAGGAAAAAACAGAUGAAGGAGGAGAUGAAAAAAGAAAGGAUGAAGACACCAAAGAAGAGAAGGAAGAACAGAAAAAAUAAACAAUAAUUUAUGUAAUGCACCAAGCUCUUUUUUUAUGUAGCUACAAUAGAAGGCUUAUCAUAAUGAAGUGGACUUUGUACUUUAAGGAUUCAGUAAUAAUAUAAAAGACAACAUAUGAAACACUAUAGAUGGACUGAAAUACCUACUCUAAGUUGUCCUUAAAAGGUGUUGCUAUUCUAUAUGUGUAAUAAAAUUAACAUAUUAUACAAAA